GUUUUUCUUUUAUAAAUUGAAAUAAAUAUUGUGUUGCACUUUUAUGGUGUGUGGGGAGUUUUACCGUGGCUAGAGACGUGGAGUAGUACUAGACAACUAGUGUCCUAUUAAACAGCUGGGAACUCCAGUAGUAUCAAAUCAAAUCUCACUCUUACUUCUUUCAAGGAGAAACACUUCAGUUUCACAAUGGAGGAAAUCAACAACACACCAAUCAACAACGUCUCAGAAACCAGUAGCUGGUUAUCUGAUUUGGAAAUAGAUGAGUGCAAUAUAUUUCCUGAGGAAUGUAACCUUAAUUUCUUAGAUGCUGAUGAGAAAGAAGAGUUUCUUUCACAUGACAUAGCUACUGUCUUUCAAGAACAAACCCAACAACAAUGUUUGACUUCAGAGUCAACACUCAAUAACUCAUUCACUGAUGAAACAAAUUUUGACUCUUUUGACUUUGAUUUUGAAAUUGAGAGACCAACCAAGCAACUCAAAACAAUUGAUCAAAGUGAAAACAUCAUUGAAACCUUGUCAACAAAACUUUCUCCAUCAUUUCAAUCUCUGAUUCUGUCUUUUGACAACCCCCGAAACUCACCUCGUACUACCAACACCCCCCAAAUUCAUGGAUUCACUCCUACCUUAAACUCAAAACAAAAUGAAACAGUGUCGGUGUUUCCACCCCAAUCAGGAAACAUGAAUGUUUCAACUCAGAUUCCAAAAGGGUCAUCCAAAAACCAAAACUUGGAAACAAAAACCUCACAAAACAAAAGGUCUAGAGCUCAUGGUCAUGAUCAUAUCAUGGCUGAGAGAAAACGAAGAGAGAUACUCAGCCAGAGUUUCAUUGCUCUUGCAGCUCUUGUUCCUAAUCUAAAGAAGAUGGACAAAGCUUCAGUAUUAACCGACUCUAUCAAAUAUGUGAAAGAACUUAAAGAGCGUUUGAAAGUUUUGGAAGAACAGAACAAGAAACAAGAAGCAGAGUCUGUGGUUAUUCCUAACAAACCAAACCUCUGCAGUGAUUUUGAUAACCCCUCAUCAUGUGAUGAGAGUAUUCAAGGUGCUGCUAAUGCCAAUGAAUCAGUCUUACAAGUGGAGGCAAGAGUGUCAGGGAAAGAGAUGCUGAUACGGAUUCAUUGCCAGAAGCAGAAGGGACUUUUGGUUAAAAUCAUGGCUGAGAUUCAAAGCUUUCAACUAUUUUUUGUGAAUAGCAGUGUUAUACCCUUUGGAGAUUCCAUGGACAUUACUAUCAUUUCUCAGAUGGGUGAAGGGUACAACUUGAGCAUUAAGGAACUUGUGAAGAACCUGCGGAUGGCUGCAUUGAAGUUUAUGUCAUCAUGGCACUAAAUAAGGAACUUAAUGUUUUUUUGGCUUUUGGAAGUGCCAUUAGACAUACUAAUAAGUCAUAGAUUGAAGCUCUUAAUCACAUUCAGUUCAAUUAAUCUGCUGCAGCACAACAUAGAUCCCCAGAAUGUCAACCUUUCUUUUAAUAGCACUACUUGGUAUCUGCUCCAGUGACAGUGUUCGAUUUCCCCGCAGAAGAUAUUUUUUAGGUUAAUAAUCUUAUAGUUGUAGCAGUUUUAAAUUUUAGUCCCCUAAAUCUUUAAAUUCGUCUCUACAAAUUUUAAAGAGUUUUGCUAACGAGGGUUUUCAGGACACUCUUUUAAGUAUUUUAUUUUAACAAAUUUUUAUUCACAAAGUGAAACAUUUCAAUUCUCAAUGUGUUGAUUUUAUACAUUUCUAUAAUUUUUUUUACAAAAACUUA